UGUGAAAAAUGUGAAAAAAAGUGAAAAAAAAGUGCUGUGAGAACACACGCGAGUGACGAGGCUUAGUAUCGGUACGGCGACCGCGCUCGCCUCGGUUUUCCGCAGCACGUAAUCGUACCCGGGUCCCCGCGACAAGCUAAUGUCACUCAUAAAAAUCCGAGCCGGUGAGGUUAUGUGUGGAUCUGCCUGUCACUACCAGUGCAAGGUGAGGCUUCACCAGCGCGCGUCCACCAGGUGUCCGCAGCACUGGAUCGUCCUCACGAUGGAGAUGACAGGCUUCACUUCCUGUCAACACAACCGCCGACCCGGAUAUGAGAGCAGAGAGGAAAGUCUCAGCGAGGGCCAAGUCAGCAGUCGCAGAGUCACCGCUGAGAUCUGCCCACAGCAAGCUGAGGACUUCUCCCAGCAGCAGCACUACGACCACCUCACUCCUGUGCCUCACCGCUGCCUAACUGUGACACAGCAGCAGCGGUCUCCCAACUAACAACUCAAAUUACUAAUAAAUCAGCAAUAACUGCUCAAUACAAUAAUAAUUGGCACUAGAAGGAAGCCGCCGGAAGCAUCCACGCAGCGGCAGCCACUCCUAACCCACCAGGAUGUUACAAAGUGUCAUACAAGAAAAGUGACACUUUUAGGUUAGGAGGGCCAGGCAGGUAUGCUGUGUUGUUAUAAAUAAUUAUUGAAAUUAUACAGAUAUGAUGGAAAUCUCUUGCACCCUGCCUCACCGACACCGCUGCAUGGCAACAACCUGGAGAUGGCCAAGGGAGAAGAGGCACACGAGGUAACAGAAAUAGUCAGCGGUGGAUGUCGGUAUGUCUCACCGCUGACUUACAGGUGUGAGGCUUUUAACUAAGAAUCUUUGGUUUUCACUAUACUAUAAUACUUUACAGCCUCACACCAUAAGAAUCAAACUAAUUAUGGUGUUUUUCUGUCACCCCAUGACACCCCAUGGCAGUGCAGGCGCAGUAUGAC